AUGAGGAAGGUUGCAGUUGGGAUAGCAGUGGCAUGUGGGGUAGCGGCGGCAGCGGCGGCGGCCGUGGUUGUUCAUCGGAGGAUGAAGAAGGCGGGGAAGUGGGUGAAAGCAAUGGAGAUGGUGAAAGAUUUUGAAGAGAAAUGCGCGACGCCGCUUUCGAGGCUGAGACAAGUGUCGGAUGCCAUGAUCGUCGAGAUGCAAGCAGGCCUCGCCUCCGAAGGCGGCAGCAAACUCAAAAUGCUCAUCAGCUAUGUCGACAGUUUGCCUACUGGGAAAGAGAAGGGAUUGUUUUAUGCAUUGGACCUUGGUGGAACUAAUUUCCGUGUGUUACGACUGGUACUCGGAGGGAAGGGUCGUGGUAUCAUCAAUCAGCAGUUCGUGGAGGUGUCGAUUCCGACGAGUUUGAUGACAGGGUCUUCAUCGGAUGAGUUGUUUGACUUUAUCGUAGCAAAACUAGCGAAAUUCGUAGCUCAAGAAGGCCCGGAUUUUAAACCGUCUCCUUGUAGGCAGAGAGAGCUUGGUUUUACCUUCUCAUUCCCUGUGGUGCAAACAUCCAUUGCUUCUGGCACACUUCUUAAGUGGACAAAAGGCUUCUCCAUAAACGAAACAGUCGGCCGAGACGUUGUCGAAGAAUUGACCAAAGCCAUGGAAAGACACGGCCUUGACAUGCGUGUUUCAGCUAUGGUCAAUGAUGCUGUUGGGACACUAGCCGGAGGUCGAUAUGCCAACAACGAUGUUGUUGCUGCUGUGAUCCUUGGUACUGGAUCAAAUGCAGCAUAUGUCGAACGUGCGGACGCAAUACUAAAAUGGCAUGGUCCACUACCAAGAUCUGGAGAGAUGGUUAUUAAUAUGGAGUGGGGUAACUUUAAGUCAGCACAUCUUCCAUUAUCAGAGUAUGAUCUUGAACUGGAUGCUGAGAGUUUAAAUCCUGGUGAUCAGAUUUUUGAGAAGGUAAUGUCUGGUAUGUAUUUGGGAGAAAUUGUCCGCAGAGUCCUAAGUUGGAUGGCUAAGGAAGCUGCAUUUUUUGGUGACACAGUUCCACCUAAACUUAAAGUGCCUUUCAUAUUGGGAACGCCAGCCAUUUCUGCCAUGCAUCAAGACACUUCCCCUGACCUCAAAGUGGUAGCCAGCCACAUUAAAGACAUUUUCGAGAUAACAAAUACCUCCCUAAAGAUAAGACGAGUAAUUGUCCAGAUUUGCAGCAUUGUUGCAACACGAGGGGCACGUCUUUCGGCUGCCGGAAUAUUAAGUAUCCUGCGGAAUAUGGGAUGCGAUACGAUCACGGAAGGGGAGGAACGAAGGACGGCAAUAGCGAUGGACGGCGGAUUAUACGAACACUACACGGAAUACCGUAAAUGCUUGGUGAACUGCCUAAACGAACUGCUAGGAAAAGAGGUGUUCGAAAGCGUUGUACUGGAGCUGUCGAAUGAUGGUUCUGGAAUCGGAGCAGCUAUUCUUGCUGCUUCUCAUUCCAAGUAUAUCGGAUGUUAUGACUGAAAAUUGGGGCUGCAAUUCUUGCCAA